AUGCGCGGCUCCCGCAGCAAGGCCCUGCACGACCAGGCACUGGUGAACUGCCAGUACAGCAUGGCCACCUUCAGCACGGGCGACCGCAAGCGCCGGCCCCACGGCGACCGCCAGUCCAGCGAGAUGACCCUGCACCUCAAGCAGACCUUCGAGGCCGCCAUCCUGACGCAGCUCUACCCCCGCUCCCAGAUCGACAUCUACGUCCAGAUCCUGCAAGCGGACGGGGGGAAUUACUGUGCCUCCGUGAACGCGGCCACCCUGGCAGUUAUCGACGCCGGCAUCCCGAUGCGGGACUACGUGUGCGCCUGCUCGGCCGGCUUCAUCGAGGAGACGCCCUUGGCCGACCUGAACUACGUGGAGGAGGUGACCGGCGGCCCCCAGCUGGCCCUGGCCCUGCUGCCCAAGUCCGACCAGAUCGCCCUGCUGGAGAUGAACGCCCGGCUGCACGAGGACCACCUGGAGCGCAUCAUCGAGGCCGCCAGCAAGGCCUGCAAGGACGUCUAUGCCGUGCUGGACCAGGUGGUGCGCGAACAUCUGCAGGAGGUCACUGCCCUGCUGGGGAAGUGAGGGCCGGCCCCGGUAGCCAGGGCCGGCUGCAGCUGUUCCAGCUUCUGUGGCUGGCGGGGGAGGCCCAGUCCCACAACUUACUCCAGGCGGCAGAGGAGAAGAUGGAGGCCUUUUGCGUUGCAGAGUAUGGAGCUGCGGGGGCGAGGGGGGGGAUCCUCCUUCCAUCCCUCCCUCCCUCGGUCUGCUUGGGAGGAGCUCUUGGGCUCCUGUUUGAUGAGACACAGUGGGGUGCGUGGGGGUUUGCAAAAGAUUGCCUGCAUAAAACGUUUCCUUCUUUUUUUACUUGUCAAAAAAUAAAUAUUCUUCCAAAGAAAGCGUUGCAUGUGGAUCAGUCGAUCCUCUGCCAGGGCUCCAGGCGGGAUCCAGUGCCCGAGAGGCCCGAGACUGGUCAGGUGCCCUUUAUUCACUGAAAACUACUUCAGCAGAGCUCAAGGCGACUGACAAAUACAGAUGGAACACAGCAUAAAAGGCACUGAAAACAGGACAAAAAGUUUUAACAUCACAAUUUAUUUAUUUAUUUAUUUUAUACCCCGCUCUCCCCACCAAGGACUGCUACUGAACAUAACCAAAAGCAGUGCUAAAUACAAACUAUCUUCAGUUGCCUCCUAAAGAAGAGGAGAUUGGAUUUAUACCCCAUGGCCCUUCACUGCC